AUGGUGGAGAAAUUAAAGAAAUUAGACAGAGGAAAUGAGGUAAACAAGCGAAGGACACCCUCACCCCAAUCCGAAUCAAAAGAUGUCCUCAAAUAUCUUAAUACAACCUACAACAACUAUCUUAAGUUGGCAAAAGACAACAAAGGAGGAGAAAAAGUGAAAGUCUACAAAUCACUAGAUUCUUCGAGUCAAUGGAAGACUAAGCAUAGCUCUGCCAAUAGUAUGAAGAAUGGGGGCCACAUCAACAUAUUGUUUGAAAUCAAUAAAUCAGUAAGUCAUUUUAGAGAAAAAGAGAGGGAAAAGGGAAGAGAAAGGGAAAAACUAAAGGAAAGUAAAAAUCAAGCCUAG